AUGAUAGUGGAAGCAAGGCGGGAAGAAAAGCGAACGCAGGAAAACUCCUCAAACGCCGAAAGACAACGACGCCACCGCAGGUUCCGCCUUCUCGUCACUGCCGAAGUGACUCAGCCGCACCACUUCCGGGCUCCACCGCUACCGCCCCGACCUACAUCUACGUCUGGGAGGGCGGGGCCUAUGGCAAUAAUUCCGGGGCCCGGAUGCUCAGUUCGUCACAGCCCUCGCCUCACUGCCACCAGAACAUACCAUUCCCUCCCUCGAGAGGCGGAGCUGUCCAAUUGUAAUCUCCCUGACGGGCGUUGGUACCUUUGUGCAAACGCGAAGGCACAUAAGAGUUUACCUAUCGAUUGGUGGGGAGAAUGCAUAGAGGGAAUAAUAAUCCCACAAACACUCCCUAUCUUAGGAAAAUUACAGGGAAUAUUCCAAUCCCCAUGGCACCACAUGAGGACUAAAAGAACCUCUAACCCAGGCACCACAUUCCACAGUGUGGUACGAUGGCUUUUCCCAAUGCUUGGAAUAUCUGAAUUGGAAAAAGCAAUAGUCAAUGUAUCAGCAGUGGUUGAGAUUUUAGCCAAUACUACUGCUGACGCUCUAGGAAAAUUACAAGCCGAAAUUGAUUCCUUGGCAAAGAUAACGAUACAAAAUCGCCUUGCAUUUGAUAUGUUAACCGCAAAGGAAGGGGGGGUGUGCGUACUUAUAAAUCAAAGCUGUUGUGCUUAUUUAAAUGAAAGACAGCAAGUAGAGACAGAUAUUGGAAAGAUUUGGGAAAUUUCUAAGGAGUUACAUCUUAUCACUAUGGAUGACACAUCAUGGGGAUUUUCUGAGAUAUGGGAAAAACUAACUUCCUGGUUACCAAAUUUAACAUGGCCAAAACAACUGUUGUGCAUAAUCCUUUGGUAA